AUGACUUUUGUCCUCAACACAAGUUACUUUUGUUUGGGUUUCUCUGCUGCUUCUGCUUCUCGGUACUCUACCUUUCUUUCUUGCUUGCGUCUAUUUGAGAUUCUCUCGACGUUUUCAAUGGGGGACGCAGAAAAUGCUCAGCAACCUUCCAAAAAGAGAGGUGCUUUGAAGGAGCUCUCUCGUGAAAACCCUGGUCUUGAUGAUGAAGACGACGACUCUUCUGCACUUGAGGGUGCUACUUUCAAGACUGCUAGUGAAGAAGUGUUGGCAAGCAGAAGAAUUGUCAGAGUUAGGCGCAGAGACCCAUCUGCAGCAGCAGCAGCAGCGCCACCAGCAUCCAAUCCAUUUGCUGGAAUUCGUUUGGUCCCUUUUACUGCUCCUGCUCCUGCUACAGCUGCUGCAGAAACGAAUGAACCUCUGCUUAAGUCAAACUCGGCUCCAUCUGAGAAAAGACAAGAAACACAGGACGAUGGAAGAUCUGAUACGACCAAAGAAAUCAUUGACGGUGGCGAGAAAGACGAGACUGAGGCCGUUAGUACUGGAGAGGAUGGUGGAGCUGAAAACAAGAUUGACGAUGACGCAAAAACAACAACAACCAAAGAUGAAGAUGCUGCUGGGGAAGAGACUGAAAAGGCUAAAGAUGAUAAGGAGGCUGACUCUGUUAACAAGGAGUCAGGAGGUGAUAAGACUGAGAAAGAAGAAGAAGGCACAGAUAAGAAUGGAGAUAGUGGAGGAGCCUUGAGCUCUUUCCAACAGCAUUCAAGUAGCAAAAACGCAUUCACAGGACUUGCAAGUACAGGUUUCUCCACUUCUUCAUUCUCCUUCGGUUUGGCUUCACAGGAAGGUUCAGGUUCUGGGUCUCUGACUCAACAGUCAUCCUUCAGCUUUGGCCUGCCAAACAAUGGAAAGUCUUCUCUUUUCGGCACAUCUUCCGUCACCACAGAGAGCGCAGGAGCUACUACUACCACCGCCUUCCCAUCAAAGCAAGAGGUUUCAGUGGAAACAGGAGAAGAGAACGAGAAGGCUGCUUUCACAGCUGAUUCAGUAAUGUAUGAGUACUUUGAAGGAGGAUGGAAAGAGCGUGGGAAAGGAGAGCUCAAGGUGAAUGUAUCAUCAUCAACAACGAGUGACAUCAGCAGCGCGAGGUUAGUGAUGAGAUCAAAAGGAAACUAUAGGUUGAUCUUAAACGCAAGCCUUUACCCGGAAAUGAAACUGGCGAGCAUGGACAAGAAAGGAAUCACAUUUGCUUGUGUGAAUAGUGUAAGUGAAGCCAAGGAUGGUCUCUCUACAUUCGCACUCAAGUUCAAGGAUCCAAGUGUUGUGGAAGAGUUCCGAGCAGUCGUCGAAGAAUAUAAAGAGAGUAAACCUGCGGUUGUGGAAGCAUCAGCUCCUUUGAAGACACCUGAGAACUCGCCAAGUGCUGAAGAUGCUUGA